UCUUUCUGGGGCUAUGUUGCUGCAAGCUAGGGGAAAUUUAACAGAUUUUUACACAUUUCAGGUGUUGUUAUUGUUUUGUGUUUGGAAACCGAAUCAAGGAUCUAAAAUGAUAACUGUCCCAUCCAUCACAGAGGAUUGAACUGGGGUUAACGACUGUGUCCCAUCAGUGAGACACCCUGUAACCAUUGUAUAAUGAAGUCAAACCACUGAAGACAAUUGGCAGACUGUCUUGGCAGAUGUCACAUAGGCCCAAAUGGCCUCAAUGGAGAGAAAACAGCCGAUUCUCAGUCCAUUUGUUCCACGGCGCAACGCUGUGAGGAAAACAAGUGCAGAAAUAGUCAGUGAAGCCAGACAGUCCCUGCGAGUCCAGUCCACCCAGCGACCGUUCACUCCCAGAGAUGGACACAGGCAACUUUUUGGAAAGAGCUCUGCUGGUGUAGACCGUGACAACCGACCUCCAUCUACCUUCAGUCUUCAUGCACAAAACUUUGAAUUUCCCGACUCAAGGCCAGGCUCAGGGACUCGCCUCUCUCCUCUGGACCAUAAGCCACAUUUGCCAGUUCCCUGCGAUGAUGAGGAUCCAUUCAAGGUGUUUCCAAAACCCCCCGCUGACCCUCUGGAAGUGAAGAAGCGGCAGCCACGGACGAGGGCCCGCCUCCUCAGAGCUGGAUCUCUCACCACACUGUCCCCUGUAGAGGGACACAAAGAUGUGAAAGAGCGAGUAAACCCAGGCCCGGGACAAAAGCAGGCGUCACUUAAACGACUCCCCAGUUCUGACCACACCGAGGCCCGCGGUGGUCCUCACAAACCUGGCCCACGCAGAGCAGCAAGUGAAAGCAGAAUAAAGCAGCCUGGUGUCGGCUCCAGCGUUAGACCCACAGAGUGCAGAGCAGGACAGACAACAGAGCUGGCGAAUGGAGACGAAACCAAGAGCAAGGAGGAGGAUGCAGAGUCAUUGCUGUGGAAUAAUACGAUUGCUCCUCUUCUCCGACAACUAGAGAGUAUGGCUGCAGGCAGCUCCGAGGGCUCGGUGGACCCUCUGUGUGAUGUGUGUGACCGUCUCCAUGGCAUUUUGGCAGAAGCGGACAUGCUCGGCCGGCGCUGUAAGAGGAGGUCAGGGAUACUUCGAACGCUGUUCCGCCUCAUCGACCUCCACUCUGCCCGGCUCAACCUGCACAUCGCCACGCUCUGCCUCGCUCUGUGUGUCAGUGGAAACAAUCUGCUCAACAUCUGUAAGCUCAUCUUCCAGAUCAGCCGCAGUGAAAGCAACGACAUCCUCUUUCAGAACAACUCCAUCAUAGACUCGUUUCUGGGCGUUUUGAGCAAAGAGGAUGUGUCAUCAUCUGAAGAAGCUCUGCUGUACUGUGUUGGGACUCUGAAAUUUCUCUCAGGAAACAGUGCGAUCCUCAGACUCCUGCUGGACAAGAACUGUGUUGGUGUGGCUCAGAAACUCAUCCAGAGGCUCUGCACGGCACGAGAAACCAACUUCACCACAUCAGGGCACAUCCUCGUACAGCUGACGGCAGCCUUGAGGAACCUUGCAGAUCACCCUGAUGCCCGUCCACUCUUCGUCUCCUUCUCUAUACUGUCAGAGCUCUUUGUGGUGCUGCGUCUUCACCACAAAGACCCAGACAUCUGCACCAACAUCUCCAGAAUAUACAGUAAACUCUCCUCUUACUCGGAGUGCCGUCUCGCUCUGGCCCAGACCCCCGACUGCUACCAACUAUUAUUAGAACUGCUGAGCAAACAUCACCAAAAACAGGACCUUGUUGUGCGACUUCUCUUCACCCUCGGGAACCUCACAGCCAAAAGCGAUGAGGCUCGGCUGCAGCUCUUCCAGGUCGAGGGCUGCAUGGACACGCUCCUGCAGCUGUACGCCACGUACCAGCACAGAAACCGCCCUCCACCCCUACAGAAAGACCCCCCUCCCCUCAGCAGGCCUCAGGCAGCCCCAGCGAGCGUGCAGGAGGAGGAAGACGUGCUGGUGAAGCUGGUGAGGGUGCUGGCCAACAUGUGCAUCCACCCAGCUGUAGGUCCAGAUCUGGCUAGCAACACAUCCUGCAUUCAGCUGCUGAUGGAGACACUUGAGUUGAAAACUGUGCUGGAAAGCGAAGAGUUAAUGGUGAAUGUGGCUGCCACCAUCAACAACCUGUCCUUCUACCAGGAGGAGAGCUCUGCACUCAGGCGCAGUCAACUCACCAUCGCAAAGUUGAUGUUGAAGUUGGUGCUCAGCUCCAGUAUGGACGCCAUGCUUGAGGCCACCCGUGUGUAUGGAAAUUUGUCACAGUCCAAGGAUGUACGGGACUUUAUUAUGCAAAACAAAGUGCACCAGUUUGUAGUGACGCUGCUCGACUCAAAAAGCACUGAGAUGUGUUUUUCAGCCUGCGGGGUCCUCACCAACCUGACGCUGGACCCCCCCAACAGGCUCAGUCUCGUAGUGGAGGGGGCUGAUGCCAAGCUUGUGGAUUGUCUGAGAGACUUCGGAGCAGGUGAUUGGCAGCUGGCGGGCCAGGUCUGUCAGGCGUUGUGGAACAUGAGCGGCGGCGGCUCAGAGACGCUGCUGGACACACAGGAGAGAGAGUCGCUGGUGGAGAUCCUCACUACAUACUUAGAUGAAGAGGAGGCUCUGAGGUGGAUAGAGAAUGAAGACAUCAAGGACUACCAUAGGGCAUGCUGGGAGUUAGAGUUCUUACCUGCAGCUCAAAAACUGCUGAAGUCUCUCCAGCCUCUGGAUUGGACAGCCUGACGAAUGUUGUGGGAUGUUGUGGUUGUUUUAUGUUGUUGAGGCCUUAGCAUUGUUUUUAACUCUCAUAUACAAAAACCUAAACUAACUUCACUAUUUAACCCUUAUCCCCUGUCGGUGUAGAGAAAGCUUUCUUUAUUAAUGGAGGGCAUAAGGUAAGGUCAGCAUGAAUUCAUUUCUGUCACAGUGGAUUUUCUUGAUAGUUUUGAAGGCAAAAAAAGUAAAAACACCUUUUAAAUGUCUCAAACCACUACUGCAGCAUCAUUUAAUCCAACACUUUCUAGGACACGUUUGUCAUUAUUUAGCAAAAAUGAUGGCAAUUUCUCACAAUUCAUACUGACUGUUGCUCUUUGCUAUUUAUUGAUGAGAUUUUCCAUGAUACUAGAAACCUUUUGCAGACCGUUUUUAGGCGAAAAGAUAAGCAGCAAGUCAUAUUCAAAACAAUUAAAGAUGUCUGAUAAAUGAAAUAAUGCUAAAUAAAAGAAGCAGGGUAAAUCUGAUAAAUGAUACAGUUUGUGUGGAUGUGAGUAUACUUUGUUUCUCAAUUAUUUGUCUCUAUAAACAUGUUCUGCGUAGCUUUUUAUCACUCUGCGUCUGAAGAAUAACAACAGCUUAACUUUUUAUGCACUUUAAUUCCCAUAAAGCUAACAGAAGCCUUGACUUGGGUACCUACAGAUGUACUUUUAAGCUCUUUGCACAUGUAUAUAACAGACGUUAUCUGUUUUGUUAGCUGACUGUGUUGUAAAGGUUCUUUUAUGAUAAUGUAGUCUUGAAAAACAGAUGACUAACAUGGAAUUUACCUUAACAAGUAAAUGUUUUAUUGUGCAGGGAUUUUGUGACACUGAAACUUGUACAUAAUAAAGAAACAAGUGGAAAAACAUA